UGUGGGCGGGCGUUUUGACGUCUUAUCGGACCCUCGCUCGCUUGAGACAGCGACGCGAGGCGCACCACAUUCACAGAGAAAAUCUUCAAACAGAGAACAUAUAGUUUUCCGGUUACACAUAUAUAAAUAUUUAUUUUUGUUAUUUAAACCUUUAAAUUUGAUUUUCUCUGUUAUUUAUCCAUUGUAAGGUCGCCGACAACCGCCAAAUCUCUGCAAUUCAAAGCGGACUCUUCCAGUUAUUACUUUCUCUUCUCGAAGCUGAAAGUUAAGUUUUGUGAGCAAGCUGGAUGGUGUGGAGUAUUUUUUUUCUGAUAACUAUACCAGUUUGAUGAUGCAGCUUAAGAAAGUUCAUGAAAACUGCUGCUGGCAUCAAGGUCCAAGGAAUUGAGUAUUUUUCUUUUUUAUUUCUAUUAGCAUUGUGGAAACCUUCUUAUAAAUUUGAGAAUCUUUAUUACUUGAGAAGGGUAAAGCUCUCAAUUGAUCUGGUGGAUCUAAACUUCUGACGUUCAAAGAAGGAAUCAUACAACUCAUUCUGCAAAGGAUCUCUAUAAGUGCUUCUAUUGUUGAUUCAAAUACUGUCAAAUGUCAGAAGUCAAUAUGGCAGUCAUUAAACCUGAGAUGAUGAAGUCCUACAUCUGGCUCCAAACAACUGAUGGUUCUAUCCAACAAGUGGAACAAGAGGUUGCCAUGUUUUGUCCCAUGAUAUGUCAUGAAGUAAUACAAAAGGGAAUGGGAUCAUCUAAGAGUUAUGCAAUAUCUCUUCCACAACGAGUCAAUCCUGCCACAUUGAGCUUGAUUUUUGAUUAUUGCAGGUUUCAUCAAGUGCCAGGCCGAUCUAACAAGGAGUGCAAGACUUUUGAUGAAAAGUUCAUUCGGAUGGAUACAAAGAGGCUAUGUGAGUUGACAUCAGCUGCUGAUAGUCUCCAAUUGAAGCCUUUGGUUGAUCUUACUAGUCGUGCACUUGCACGAAUUAUUGAAGGGAGAAGCCCUGAAGAGAUACGUGAGAUAUUUCAUUUGCCCGAUGAUCUUACUGAGGAAGAGAAAUUGGAGCCUCUGAAAAAUACUACUGAUGAUCCACGGAUUCGACUUCUAAACCGUCUGUAUGCAAAGAAGAGGAAAGAACUGAAGGAAAGAGAUAAAUUAAAGAUUGUUGACGUUGGAGAAGACCGUGUGGAUGAUCGUUCAGUUGAUGACCUUUUGUCGUUUAUAAAUGGAGGAGGAGGUAUCAAUUCUAAAGGGAUUAGAACUUCCAAGAAUAAAAAGAAGCAUCAAAGAAAAAAAGAUCAACAGAAGAGUGCCUCUGCUGAUGUAACCAUUAAAACCCACAGUCAGGAUUCAAAUGGGCUUAAUACUUUAUGCCAUUGUGCUGAGGUUGGUAAUGAAUUGAGGCCUGAUCAAGGAGAGACAUCAAAUACACAAGAUGUUGAGGAUGAUAUUUUUGCUAGGAAGUCUGAGUUUGAUGAUGGUUACGUGGAUGAUGAGAUUGAUCCAGCAUUAAAGGAAAAAAUAGAUAGGGAGGUAGAAGAUUUUGCCCGGAGACUGAAUUCUGACUGGCCUGAAAGGAUGCAAGAGAUGCUAUCUUUGGGUCCAGAAAUAAGGCCGUUACAUUAUUCUGCCAAUGGAAAUGGUAGAAAAUAUGCAAAAAACCAGAUGAGGAGCAGAAAUGAUAUCUCCCCAGAUUGGCCACAUGGCUGGAACAAUUUUGAUCAGAUGCUUAUGCAGAUGGUUUAGUGGCGUCUAAAGAAUUGGUAUUGUCAUUAAUGUCUACAUGUAAGUUUUUCAAUUUAAUUUUUUAAUUUGUUUUCUUGGUUGUGCUUGGCCAAUUUGCAAUUUUGAUUGAAAAGGGCAACCACUUUGUAUUUUAUCGGGAAACAACUAAUAAAGAAACUGUAUUUCUGAAA